AGUUGGAAGAUGAGGAAGAGUCUGAGAGCUCUUUUUCUUCACCUCCUGAUAGUGUCUCAAUAGCAUCUGACCGAUAUGAUAAAGAGGAUGAAGCACCCUCUGAUGGGAAUCAGUUUCCUCCUAUUGCAGCUCAAGAUCUUCAGUUUGUUCUGAAGGCUGGAUACCUGGAAAAACGCAGAAAAGACCACAGUUUUCUCGGCUUUGAAUGGCAAAAGCGUUGGUGUGCUAUCAGUAAGACGGUCUUCUAUUAUUAUGGAAGUGACAAAGACAAACAACAGAAAGGUGAAUUUGCCUUAGAGGGCUACACCAUCAGAAUGAAUAAUAGCCUUCGGAAGGAUGCAAAGAAAGAUUGCUGUUUUGAAAUCUCUGCUCCUGAUAAGCGCAUUUAUCAGUUCACAGCUGCCACUCCCAAAGAAGCAGAGGAAUGGGUACAGGAAGUCAAAUUUGUAAUUCAAGAUAUGGAAUCUAAUACUAUUCCUGAGGAGGAAGAGGAAUAUGACGAUGUUGAACAAGUGAACAAUGAAUCAGUAGAUGAUAGCAUUUAUGAAGAAGUUAAAGAAGAACGUGCUCCUUCAAAGCUUGAAGUGCCAAGAAAACCACGUGAGGAGAAAGUUACCACUGUUUCAGAUAAUGAAAAUACCGAUUAUGCCAAUUUCUAUCAAGGUUUGUGGGACUGCACAGGAGAUGAACCUGAUGAGUUGACAUUUAAACGUGGUGACGUUAUCUACAUUCUCAGCAAGGUAUGGGAUGCCACUGGGGCUACAUACUUUUACUCAAGAAAUCGAUUUCCAGAAACAAAGACAAGUGAGUACAAUAGAUUUGGCUGGUGGGUAGGAGAAAUGAAGGGAACCAUUGGCUUGGUGCCUAAAGCCUACAUAAUGGAGAUGUAUGAUAUUUGA